AUGGCGGAUACGACUGCUCGCUCUCGUUUGGACUACCUCUGGGCAGGGGCAGUUGCGGAGAACGACUGGGCGUUCCAGUGUUCGAAGUCGAAAUCGGUGCAGGCAUUCGUCGAUGCGGCUCUCGCCUUCGCGAAGCCAUACACCCUCCCUUCCCCCUACAAGGUUGGAGGUCAGCUACUUAUGAAAUUACGGGCGGAUACCGAGGAGCUUGUGAAGCCAAUGACGGAUAGCUGGGGCAAGCGCGGCUGCACCCUCACGUGCGACGGGUGGACUUGCUUGAAGAGCCGAGGGCUUGUGUGCGUUAUCGCCCUCAACGACACGGCACCGGUGAUCGUUGAAACAGUCGACUCGAAAACGGCAAAGAAGACCGGCGCCUAUCUUGCCGGCCUCCUCCAAAAAGCCAUCUGCAAGGUGGGGAACAAGGUCGUCGUCCAAGUUGUCAUGGACAACGCGGCCAAUAACCGGAGGGCGGCCGACAUUUUGCGCGAGGGAUACCCAUCAAUCUUCUUCAACAACUGUGCCGCGCAUGUUCUUGACCUCAUGCUUCACGACCUCGGGAAGAUUCGUGCGGUGAAACGGGUCCUAAGUCAAGUGCGCCGAGUGGUCAUGAUGGUGAAGGGAAGCGCAUCCGUCGUCACUCUCUUCCAUGAGGUGUUUAGUGAGCUUGCUUUGGUGCGGCCUGGUGCAACUCGGUUUGGCACGAACGUCAUCAUGCUCACCCGAUUCCUUGAAGUGAAGAAGGCGCUGCGAUUGAUGGUCAUCAGUGAGGAGUGGGAGGGGGUGGCGGUGGCAAAGCAGGACGAGGGGAAGGCGGUCCGGUUCCUCCUCUUGGAUGAGGUUUUCUGGGAUUGCGCAACGGCGGUGCUUGCCAUCUUGCAGCCCGUGUAUGACGUCCUUCGGGUCGUCGACACGCGGGCUCUAGUCAUGGGGCAAGUGUAUGGCCUCAUGCUAGAGGCCACGGUGAAGACCAAUGAGGCGGCCAAAGCUGGAGCCGCCAUGCUUGUCAAGCGCACGUCCCUGCUUGCGGCAAAGGAUAAGCCAUCGUUCUUGGCGGCCAUCAAGGCUAUCAUAGCCAAGAGGUGGGACGGCCAGUUGCAUAACCCACUCCAUGCGCUCGGGUGGCUACUCAACCCGCGCAAUCAGUACUUGGGGGAAGUGAGGGAGGACCAAGAGUUAGCACAGUUCCACAAGGGCGAGGGGCGGUUGGGGUCCCCCGACGCACGAUGGGCUGCAAAGGUUUUGGUGGAGGGAGGGCGCUUGACCGAUGCAGAAUGGUGGUGGAUGUACGGGGGGGAGGUGCAGGCACUCCAAGCGCUUGCGGUGAUGACGCUAUCUCAGCCGGUAACGUCAUCCGAGGUGGAGCAUUACUGGUCAGCCAUUGCACGUGUGCAAAGGCGUGACCGUAACCGCAUCUCUGCCAAGAAGAUGAUGGACGUGACUUAUGUCGCGUUCACGAGGAGGGCUCGGGAUACUUUUGACAGGAAAUCCACGAUGCGGGAGAAGCUCUACGCCGAUCUGAGCAACGGCACCCUCAAGGAAGGGUGUGUCGUUGCUCCGGCAGAGGCAGAGGUGGAGGAAGAGGAGGAGGAGGAGGGAGAGGAGAAUGUGGGAUGUACCAUUGACUGGGAUAAUUUCGGGCAGAUUGGUAAGAAGAAGAAAAAGGUGGGAAAAAACUCUAAAAAGAAGAGGAACGGCACCGCAGCCAAGCCUUGCAAGGGUAAGGGGAAAGCAAAGGCUGUGCGUGAGGGUGAGGAGGAGGAGGCGGCGGACAACAGUGGCCAGGAGGAGGAGGAUGUGCCCACCAACAGGACUCGCCGCACGGGCGCGGAUCCGUGGGACAUCAAUGAUGGCUCGAGCGGGGAGGAAGAGGAGGAGGAGGAGGAGGAGGAGGAGGAGGAGGAGGAGGAGGAGGAGGAGGAGGAGGAGGAGGAGGAGGAGGAGGAGGUGGAGGAGGAGGAGGAGGAGGAGGUGGAGGAGGAUGAGGAGGAGGAGGAUGAUGAACCACUCUUCCCGUUCUCGCCCCUCCCUCCACGCCUUGCCUCCAUGCCCGCACAGCCUGAUGCGGCAGGAGUGAAGAAGACCAAGGGCAGAGGAGGGGGGGGACAGGGCGCAUGGGGGGGCAGCUCUGGGGGCGGAGGGGGCGGGGGAGGGGGAGGCGGUGGGGGAGGAGGCGGGGGCGGUCCUAGGAGGGGCCUUGGAGGGAUGAGCAACGUGCUUCUGCGGCGGGUGCCUGAGGUCGGUAAGGCACUCCGCCUGCUGCCGCUGACACCACCCCCCUUCAACUCAUGUCAUGAGAUUGGAGGGCGGUGUCAGAACAGCCACGUGCUCGUCUCAUGUGCCGCUGCUGCACGUGCAUGUGUGUGCGUGGAGCCACACACACCACAUGUGUUGUGUGGUGAGGCCAUGGGCUCGAGUGCGUGA